CAGUGCUUGGAAGAUUCGUUGGCAUCGUGUCAGUGCUUCCCAGCAGCCUGCUGCACUCACGGAUUAUUCAGAGCCUGGAUUAUGAGAGCAGGAAGAGACCGUCACCCUCAUGGCUGCAGCAGGGAAGCUCUCAUUGGAAGGGUCGCUGCAGAACUCCAGCUGUGAGCUGCAGGACACCAUGAGACGCUCCAACUCAGACGAUCGUCCUCGCCUCACUGGUGCCCUCUCCUGCCUGAAGAGUGCUAAUGAAACAGGUGAGAUGAGGCCUGCCUCCAGCUCCUGCAGCUCUGAGCCCCAACAGGACAGUGAUGCCUUCUCUCCCAUUAGCCCCCCCUCCGGCUUUGUCAGCCCCUCCUCCCACCUUCCGCCCACGGCCCACGGCCGCUCCAUCUCCAUAUCAGUGGUACCUUGUUCAGGAGAACACAAACCCUCCGUAUUAGCUGAGGACGCGUUCAUGCAAAACACCCCUCCAGCCACUCGAGCCUCAAAGGCACGCACUUUCAGGCCCUCACAAACCCCCCCGCCAGCUUCCCACAAACUGCUGCAGCUCCUCCCCAACCUUACCCUGCCCAGAAGCAAGAGCCAGGAGUCCCAGCUGGCCAACCGCAUCGAGGAUCCGGCGACAAACAAAGGCGGUAAGAGGAACAAAGUGUUGGGUGCUCUUCAUAUCAACGGGAACACUCCUGACGACUCAGCGCUGCGCUCGCCGCCGCUCUCUGCUCGAACACCGGGCCCCGUCCCGGCCUCGGCCCCGUACAUGAUGCCCGCCACCCCCACCCUUCUGGACAAUGUCUCUAUGCACAGGGGUUCCCCUCAGACAAUGAGGAGAGACAUUGGCCUGGCUGUCACACACAGGUUUUCCACCAAGUCCUGGCUCUCUCAGACGUGCCAAGUGUGUCGCAGGAGUAUGAUGUUUGGUGUCAAGUGCAAACACUGCAAGUUAAAGUGCCACAACAAAUGUACCAAAGAGGCUCCCUCCUGUCGGAUAUCAUUUCUCACAUUGCCAAGGAUGCGGCGGGCAGAAUCAGUGCCAUCAGACAUCAAUAACCGGAUUGAUCACACAGUCAUGAUCCCCCUGCAGUUCGGCACUUUACCUAAGGCAAUAACCAAAAAGGAGCACCCCCCCAGUUUAAGCCAGCUGGACUCCAGCAGUAACCCGUCAUCCGCCACCUCCUCCACACCUUCCUCCCCAGCACAUUUCCAGCUCAACAACGCCCCCAGUGUCAGCACCACACCCCCAUCCAACCCGUCACCGCAGAGCUCCCGUGACAGCCGCUUCAACUUUCCAGAUGUUCCUGACUCCACACACACUGCUGCUCAACAUUCUGGCAGCUCCAAUCAGUCUGGACUGUUGCAGGUGGCUUUCACUGACACACAGCUGUUAGCAACUGCAGAAAGGGGGGGGGAGGAGGACUACCCAGCCAAGGAUGAGGAAGCAGGCGAAGAGUGUGAAACAAACCGGCGCUUUUCCCCCGAGAAGGAGGAUGAGGACGGGCUGGAGGACCUGCCUUCUUCCAUAUGCCAUCGUGGGCCCAUUGGCCGCUGGAGGGGCCCACUAUCUCGUAAGGCCAGCCAGACCAGCGUCUACCUGCAGGAGUGGGACAUCCCGUAUGAGGAGCUGGAGCUGGGAGAGCUCAUUGGCAAGGGCCGCUGGGGGAAGGUGCAUAAGGGCCGCUGGCAUGGUGAGGUGGCCAUCCGCCUGGUGGAGGUCGAUGGCAACAACCAGGAUCACCUGAAGCUCUUCAAGAAGGAGGUGAUGAACUACAGGCAGACCCGGCACGAGAACGUCAUCCUGUUCAUGGGCGCCUGCAUGGCCCCCCCACACCUCGCCAUCAUCACCAGCUUCUGUAAAGGUGUGACUCUAUACUCUGUUGUAAGAGAACGAGGUCACCUGUUGGACAUCAAUAAGAUCAGGCAGAUCGCACAGGAUAUUGUAAAGGGAAUGGGUUAUCUGCAUGCGAAAGGAAUCAUUCACAAGGACCUGAAGUCCAAGAACGUGUUCUACGACACAAACAGGGUGGUCAUCACAGACUUUGGCCUGUUUGGGAUGUCGGGGGUGGUACAUGAAGGCAGAAGAAAGAACGUGUUGAGGAUACCUCAGGGCUGGAUCUACUACUUGUCUCCAGAGAUCGUUCGAGAAAUGAGCCCGGAUGUGGAAGAGGACCGGCUUCCCUUCUCCAAAGCUGCUGAUGUCUAUGCAUUUGGCACAGUCUGGUAUGAGCUGCAGGAGGGAGACUGGCCAAUGAGCAGACAGCCUGUGGAGGCUAAGAUCUGGCUGGUGGGCAGCGGGGAGGGCAUCAGGGGGGUGCUGGCAGAGGCCAACCUGGGCAAGGAGGUCACGGAGAUCCUGAAUGCCUGCUGGUCCCCCGAGGUGGACGGCAGGCCCUCGUUCACUCAGCUGGCAGACAUGUUGGAGAAGCUGCCCAAACUGAACCGCAGGCUGUCUCACCCCGGACACUUCUGGAAGACCCCUGAGUAGGUAUCAAAGAACAAUUCCAGGGUGGACCGACCUACAACACCAACACAUCCCAGAGAAAACAGGGAGUCUUCAUAAUUUGAUUGUAGACGGCUACAUGCUUGUCAUGUAAGCAGAAGCAAAGAUGGAGCUCAAAGGAUUUUGUAAAGAAAUGUGAAUAUUAUGAAGCUGCCCUGCUGAGUAUCAAGUCAUAUAAAUGACCUUUUCUAAUGUGACUGCAAUUUAAAAAAAAAAAUGUUUUAAUACAGAUUAGUGUUGGGCCAGCUUUUAUUAGAGAGAUAGAUUUGCAAGAGGAAGAUAGGGGAUGACACUCUUACAGGGACCGCAGGCCAGAUUGGUUUGAGUCCCGGUACAUUGUAUUUUAAGGAAAGAUUAAGGGAGACUUAGAUUUUGCUAUGCCUGAUGGGAUUUGUUGCUCCCUUUGUGUUUCCAUCAUCUGCUUUUGCAUCAGAUAGUAUUGCUCACAGUCUUCAGUAAUGUCCUCUAUUGAUUUUCCUCUCCGUUUCCCUCUCUGUGCUUUCCUCUCCUCUGGGUGCCGACCGAUCCCACUCCGCUUGUUCCUGUUGGGUCUGAUCUCCACUCCCGCACACUUUUUCACAAUCCUCUAUGUUUCCCUUUUCUCUUUGCUUUUCCACUUCUUCUUAUCUCUGCCUUCUUCUCCUGCUGAAGGCCGUGGGAUCAUCAUCACUGCCUGAGAGAUCAGUGCCCUCAGGGUCUGCAUGCACACCGUACAUACAUGAACAAAUUCAGCAGCUGAGGCUAAAAUGCUUACCAAAACAUUAUAUCUUUGAGCACAUGUUAACUAUAUUGUUUAAAAGGACGGGUUCCAUCAGGUCCUGCUGUUAAUGUGUGACUGAUAACUGUUUUGAUUAGCACUGUUAUCAUGAUUUUGCGUACAUGUGAUUAAAUCUCAACAUGCAGGUUAUGACGGCAGUCUGUUAGAGGGUCAUGUGACAGAGGGAUAGAGAAUAUGUAAGAUCCCUUUCUGUGCUCUUUCCAGGUAGGCUUAUUCAACUUAAAAUGUACAAAAUAACUGUCGCACACACCGUUCGUGGAGAUAUUGUCAUAUCAUGACGAUGCCUUUAAUGUUAGCAGCUACUUUCUCAGUGUUAACAUUGGAGGCAGGUUUCCUUUUGUUAACCUACGUACCAGCUGGUGCCUCCCACGUUCCAACCACAAGCUACUUUUUCCAAUACAAUUCACUUCAUUUAGUUUCUAUGUUUUUAAAGCGACUUACAUACACUUAGGUUACACGGUAGACCAAUUAAACUCAUUGCAUCAAGUCCUAAUUGUUUGAGAAGAAAAGAUAAACAGGGUAUGUUCUCCCAAAUUAGAAAAAAUGCUUUUACUCCCAUAAGGUAAAUAUCUAUCCGUGACGUUAUGUUUUAUUAUUAAAGGUUUAGACAAAUGAAAUCUCUCUCUGAAACUACUUCCUUUGGAAACUGGCAUUUGGGAAGUCUAAACCAGAGUGACCAGAAUGCAUUCUCAGUAAAUAGGAGCCCAGUGAAGGCAACCAUCACUGAGGUCCAUACUUCAAUGUCUUAACUACCAUGAGAUGCGAUGACACACUUUUUUCAGAUAUUCAUGGUCCCCAGAUGAUGAGUUAUUAUAAUUUUGGUGAUUAGCAAAUGCUUCAUGUAGCACCAUAAUCCAGUUUCACCAUUACUUUAUGACCAAUACCUUCUGAUUUAAGAACAGUCCCAUCAGCAUCAGCUGACAAAACUAAGAUGGUAAACAAGCAACAUGCUGCCUAGACAAUAGCAUCUUAGCAUUGUCAUUGUGUGUAAGAUAUUAGCAUUUAGCAAAGCGCCACUAUAAUAGAUAGUCAUCACAAAAGAAAAAUAAAUAGUUUGUUCCUUUGCAAUUUUGGUGAACUUUCCUUGGAAAUGUUUUCUCCCCGAAUAUAUUAAACAAUAUUAAAACAUUGCCUUAUGCUGAACAUCAAAUUAUACUUGACAUGAUGCAUGAAACAGCCCUUCAGAUUCAGGCCUUCACGAUCGGCGGCUCAUAAAUUACUAUACGUUUGGCAGCUUGGGCAUUGGCUUGCUGUAACAGAGAGAUAAAACUGUCACAUGACUUGCUGUUUCAAUACAUUUGACAUCAUCUAUAGAGUGGUGCAGCGAUGAGGUCAUUUUUGUAGGCGGACCCGGCAGUUAGCAUGACAGGACUCCCUUCGACAAAAAGCCAACGAGAUUUUUCCAUCAGAUUUUGGAAGAACAAAACGAUAAAAUCUCCUUAGACAUUGAGACGAGGGAAUUGGAAGUGGUAACUAAUUCCUGCACCGCUCUAUGGAUCAAAUGGCAAGUGAUACCUCCAACACUGAGAUUUCAUGAGAGCUAUUAGCUAUUUAAGUCUUAAUGACCACAAUGAGCUGUGGACAAAACUGGAAUCCAUAAAGUAAUUUGCCACAGGUUUAGUCUUUUCUUCCCAUGACUGCACUCUGCCACACAUCAUGUUUGGAAUGUGUGUGUGGGUGUAUGCAUGCAUGCUUGCAUAUGUGGAUGUUGUUUCCUCUGGCAGGAAAGCAAUGUACACUUGGUUUUUGUAAUGGGGGCUUUGUGAUCAUGAACAUGAUCAAACCGUGAUGUUUUAAGUAUAUGUGUAUAUACAGUGAUUGAGUUUGUAUUUAAUUUACUGUGUUUGUACAAGGGUUUCAAUUUCAGAGCAUUUUAAUUGGUACUGUAUAGAGAUUUUAGAUUUGAACUACUGUGGAAACUGUUUGUAUAUUGGUGUUAUAUUUUUUAGGGUUGUGGUUGAAUGUGUUGAUAGUGGGUUUUUUUCUGAGUAUUUUUGUAAAGGAUGUGAUGCAUUGUAAGCUCAAGGUCUGAACAAUUGAAGACAUUAAAGCCUAUUUCCAGA